AAGCUUUGGUCCUCGGCGGCCUCCGUCCGGCGACGGGCGCGGAAGAAGGUCGGAGGACUGGGUGCGCGGCGCCUGGCGGGGACCUGGAGAUGGAGUUCGACUGCGAGGGUCUGAGGCGGCUGCUUGGCAAGUACAAGUUCAGGGAUCUAACUAUGGAAGAACUAAAGAAUGUAAAUAUGUUUUUCCCACAUUUCAGAUAUUCCAUGGACACCUAUGUUUUCAAAGAUAGUUCCCAGAAAGACCUGCUGAAUUUCACUGGCACUGUUCCUGUGAUGUAUCAUGGUAAUACAUAUAACAUACCAAUUCGUUUGUGGAUUUUGGAUUCUUACCCUUUUGCUCCCCCCAUUUGCUUCUUAAAGCCAACUGCAAAUAUGGGAAUCUCAGUUGGAAAACAUGUGGAUGCUCAAGGCAGAAUAUACUUGCCCUAUCUCCAAAACUGGAGCCACCCUAAAUCUGUCAUUGUUGGAUUAAUUAAAGAAAUGAUUGCCAAAUUUCAAGAGGAACUUCCUCUGUAUUCUCUAUCAUCAUCUGAUGAAGCGCGGCAGGUGGACUUGCUAGCCUAUAUUGCAAAAAUCACUGAAGGUGUCUCAGACAUAAAUUCAAAGAACUGGGCAAAUCAGGAGAAUAAAACAAUAAACAAAAUUACCGUGGUUGGAGGUGGAGAACUGGGAAUUGCCUGCACAUUAGCAAUUUCAGCAAAGGGCAUUGCAGACAGACUGGUCCUCUUAGACCUCUCAGAAGGGACUAAAGGAGGGACGAUGGACCUUGACAUCUUUAAUCUGCCUAAUGUCGAGAUCAGCAAAGAUUUGUCUGCCUCUGCUCAUUCCAAGGUGGUGAUCUUCACGGUUAACUCUUUGGGUAGUUCUCAGUCCUACCUUGACGUGGUGCAGGGCAACGUGGAUAUGUUCAGAGCCCUUGUCCCCGCUCUGGGACAUUAUAGUCAACAUGGUGUCCUGCUUGUUGCAUCACAACCAGUGGAAAUCAUGACCUAUGUGACAUGGAAACUGAGCGCAUUUCCUGCAAAUCGAGUGAUUGGAAUUGGAUGCAAUCUGGAUUCACAGAGAUUACAAUAUAUUAUUACAAAUGUUUUGAGAGCACAAACUUCAGGAAAAGAAGUAUGGGUUAUUGGUGAACAGGGAGAAGACAAAGUGCCCACAUGGGGUGGCCAAGAGGAUGUAAUGAGUCAUAAUUCUCAGAUGCAGCUGUCCAACAGAGCUAUGGAACUGUUACAGGUAAAAGGUCAAAGAUCUUGGUCUGUCGGACUAUCAGUAGCUGACCUGGUUGACAGUAUUGUGAACAAUAAAAAGAAAGUGCAUUCUGUAUCAAUUUUAGCACAGGGCUAUUAUGAUAUAAAUAGUGAAGUGUUUUUAAGUUUGCCUUGCGUUCUCGGAGCCGGCGGGGUAUCUGAAGUCAUCAAAACCGCAGUGAAAGAGGACACAGUGACCGAGAAACUGCGGAGCAGCGCGUUGUCAAUCCACGGCCUCCAGCAGCAGUUAAAGCUUUGAUUCUGGAGUUGAGGCUCCCCUGGAAGGGAAGGGCGUUUAACUGUGCCAGCAUAUAUCGGGUUGAGAGCUUCUCUGUCUUAUUAUUUAUCCUUACAAACUGCUGGGUUAAGGUGGAUGGUUUCUCGGUGAGCUGUGUAAUUUGAAUCCUUAGGAAGUUAGAUGAGGAGGAACAAAAUCUAAUUUGCUUUGCUGUUCUUGAGAUGUCUAUACCGGUCUUUAAACCUGCAGCAGAGAGAGACAGUCAGCUGCAAUAUGCGUCACUUAAAAUUAUGUAUCCUCAACUGAAAGCACAGUCAGCACUUUGGGAAUAUUUUGAAAGUGGUAUAUUUUUAAAAGAAAACUACCCUUUGACUGUUAUAAUAAACAUGGUAAGCUGAAGGCCCAGUAUGGAUUUAUAAAAUCUGUGCUGGGUGCACAUUCAAAUGAGCCACAGUUUAAGGUAGUAAUGUUUCUUCUUUAAAAUACAGUUGGUAGUAAUGGUAACGCAUUUCGUUUUCCUUCUUCAAAUUAAUUAGCUACCAAAAAAGGAAAAGAAUUUUACAUGUACUUUAAAAUUGUAAAAGGGAAAGUGAAAUUUUUUAAUAUAUGAAGAAAAAGUGUGGUUUAAUUUACAGUGGGACUGUCUUUCUGGAAUUUUCUAUAACCUCUUCCUGAGGUAUAUCAGAUCUCCAACAUCUCAUAAACUCACUGUAAUAUUAGUAGAGCCAUAGAGAAAUGUGUGUUUUUAGUGGAAACAGAUUAUGAAUAGAAGCCAAGCAGUUUACUUUAAAGCUAAAACAUAAGGCUUUCAUAAAAGCCACUGGUCUUAAGAAGGAGAGGUUGGAUGGACUGAUUGUUCUGAGCAAAUGCUUUAGCCACUCCUGAAGAAAUGAUUCCGAGAACAUCCGCUUUGGUGACGGGUCAAUAACAAUAUCUUCACGUGUGAUAUAGCAUAUUAUUACUAAUGUGAUUUGCAACUAAUAGUCACAACUGAUGUCAACACUUCUUAUAUUUUAGGGGGUGUGAUGAGUACUUUCUUAUUUUAUUGAAUUCUCACAGUAACCCAUUGAGGUAGGGACUAUUAUCAUCAUCAUUUUAGAGAAGAGGAAAUUGAGGUUUCGUGCCCAAGACCUCAUGGCUAAGGGGCACUUAUGCAUACCACCUUUCCUUUUUCUAAGCACUAGAAGGGGGAAAAGGCCCAGCAGCCAAAAUAGUUAGCACAGCACCCUAAAGCUGGGGUCUAUAAACUUCCAUUCUCAUGUAGGGGCUGACUUUUUUCUCAGCAUAGUGUUUAGAAACACUGAUUCCCUAACUUCCCAGACUUGCCCUCAGCAAAUAGCAGAGAGGGGUAUGCACUGGGUAGGUGAUUAUUUAUUUAGUCAUUCAGAUAGUAUUGCUGGGAGCCUGCUAUACAGCAAGCACUGUAUUAGGCACUGCAGAUACAGUGGGGAGCACACCUGGACUAGGUACAAACCCUCAUGGUCCUUAUAAUGUAGUAGGGGAAACACAGGAAUCAAAUCUCACAAAUAAAUGUAUAAUUGCAAGUGUAAUAAGUACUGUGAAUAAGUCCAAGGUGCUCUGAAAGCAUAUAAUAGGUAGACCCAAACCUGGUCAGAGAGAUAGGAGCCAAAUGGUCUGUAAGGGCAGACACAAUCUAGGUAGAGAGGAAAUAGUCAAACCAAUACUGAUUUACUAUAAUAAUGGAUGCUUAUGAUGAUGAGCUUAAAUCACAAAGAAAAGGUAUAAUUAUAUUCAGGGUCCAACAUUUAAGAAAGUAGGAAAGUAUUUAAUACACUUGGAAAGAUUACCACCAGAAUUAACUAGGAUAAAAACCUGGACAUUUGAAGAGAUAAGCAUUAAUUCUGUAUAAUUUGGCUACACUAGUAGAUUAUCUUGGUGUUACUCUAACAAUGUGUCCUCACUGUCCUUUUGUAUGAAAUAGGAAAGUAAAACUGAAAAGAACCAUUCCUUGUGUUUUUUAAACUAGCCUUUUCUAAUAUCAGAUAUCUAAUUAGAAAUUAGAUAAUUUCUACUAUGCUCUUGAACAAUAACCAAACUGCAAGAUACUAUAAAAUAGACAAAUUACCAAGAGGUCACUACAUUAAUUAUAAAAGGAAAAUGUCAACACAACAAAUACUUACUGAGCAUCUAAUGUUAUUCCAAGUACCGUGUUAGAAUCUGAGUAUUCAAAGAUGAGUAAUAGUCCUUGCCCUACGGAAGCCUACAAUAUAGAAGUAAUUCUAUCAGAUACUUCCUUGAGUGUUGAGUAUUACCAAUCAUGUUGUAAGUUCCAUAUGUAAGUCAAGAAUCAGUGCCACUGCAGCCUCACUAUGAUUUGGGGGAUAAUUUGACAUUCAUAAUUUGAUAUGUUUCUCUCUAUUAACUUCCACUUUUUCAUUUUCUGAAGAUCAUGCAAUGUCUCUUCUUGUUACGAUUUUUAGUGGGGCUUGGAUUAAAAUGCUUCCUGAUACUGUAGCACAGAGAUAAAUAUUUAUUUUCUAAUUUACACUGUAGUUUUCCUUAAAUAUCAAGGAUAAUGAAUAAAAUAAACUUUAAAACCACCAA